AUGGAAUGGAUGGACUUGCCACCGGUCGCUGAUGAUUGGGUUGUUCAAGCCUUCACUCAAGGACUCAACGUUCGAAGUUCAGUGGCUUCACAGCAGUUGAAGCAGAAUUUGAUAAAAUACCCGGCUGCCACUUGGGCCGAUGCGCACAAUCGGUAUCAAUCAAAGAUCAGGGUCGAGGACGAUCAACUUGGGGCUCCUUCGGGAUCUAUCGGUCCCAAAGAGGCACCACGAUUAUCGGAGUACAACUUUAAUAUGGACGCGGUUGCCAUCGUAUUGGUCAUUGGAUGCAUCAAAGAUACCAAGUGGCCUCGACCUUUGCAAAUUGAUCCAACACAGAGGGAUCCUAACCAAAUAUGCAAAUAUCAUGGCACACAUGGCCAUAGAACGGAGGACUGUCAACAAUUGAAAGAAUUUCUGAGUGACCGAGCUAAGAAUCAUUUCAAAUACAGAGAUUCCAAUAAACAAAAUGAACAAGAUGAGCCCCAGCACGUCAUCCAUAUGAUCAUCGGAGGAGUCGAUAUUCCUCAAGUUUCGAUGAUAAAACGCACCAAAGUAUCAAUCACAAGGGAAAAGCGGACUCGAUAUUACAUACCAGAAGGGACUCUAUCUUUCAAUGACGAGGAUGCGGAAAGGAUCAUGCAACCCCAUAAUGAUGCGCUAGUAAUUUCUGUACUUAUGAAUAAAACUCGAGUUAAAGGUGUGCUAAUUGAUCCAUGUAGCUCGGCCAAUAUCAUCUGA